AUGAUCUUUUCUCUCUUGUUUUCGUUCCUCUUUUUCAUUUUUCCCCCCUCUUUUCUCCUCGUCUUUGUUUAUCAUUCUGAUUCCUUUAUUAUUCAUUUUCAUUCUUUUACCCUUCUCUCUCUUUUUCCCUUUUGUUUUCUUUGUUGUUUUCCCUUUUUUUCCUUCUCCUUUUCACCUUUUUCGUCCCGUGGAUUUGCGAUUCCAUUUCUAUUUUUCUACUUACCCAAUUUCUUCUUCACCCCUUCUUUCAUCUCCAUUAUUUUCUCUCAUAUUUUCCCCGCUCUUUCUAAAUCAUCGUCAUUGUCUCUUUUUCGUUACUUUUCCCCUAUUUCUCUGACUCUAUCUCAAGUUUCAACACUAUCUAUCUAUCUAUCUCACCUUGUUUAUCUAUCUAUCUAUCUAUCUAUCUAUCUAUCUAUCUAUCUGUUUCUAUAUUCUUUCUUUCUUUCUUUCUUUCUUUCUUUCUUUCUUUCUUUCUUUCACUCGACCCAUCCCGAUCGAUAUAAAGACAGAAAUCAUUUGAUUUAUCCAUUUACUCGGGAAACGGUCUACAAGCCGGAAAUGGAAGUUUCCCUUCGAUCGCUAUAUUUUCAUUUCAGUGAAUUUUCUUUCAAACAGUCCCUACUUUGA